CGGAAACAGACAGCGACAAGGGGUCGAUUUACUUCCAUGCAUAGCAAGACACAUUUGUUUUUUGCUAAUUUCAUCCCGAAUAAUAACGAUUUAUUAAACAGAUAUUAUUCGUUUUGAUGCUUCUAUAAGCUGCUUUCUAUCUCUGAAGUCCAGCAGUGAAGCCGGUUGCCAUGGCGUCUCCAGGAGGACAAGGAGGAGGAGCUCUGUCGACGAGAGGAGGCAGCGGGGCCAGGAGGAUGAAGUGGGCUCUGGAGCUGAGCUUGGGCAACACCAGGAGUCGUGGUGACCGACAGGGCGGACAGGGAGACGUCGUUUACCCCAUCGGCUUCUCUGAGAAACCCGUCCCCGACACCAGCAUCCAGGAGACGGACAAGAACCUGGUGGAGAAGCGCUGUUGGGACGUGGCUCUCGGGCCCCUGAAACAGAUCCCCAUGAACCUGUUCAUCAUGUACAUGUCUGGAAACACCAUCUCCAUCUUCCCCAUCAUGAUGGUUUGCAUGAUGGCCUGGAGGCCCAUUCAGGCGCUCAUGUCCAUGUCUGCCACCUUCAAGCUGUUGGAGAGCUCCAGUCAGCAGUGGCUCCAGGGCCUCGUCUACCUGGUCGGUAACCUCCUGGGCUCGGCGUUGGCCAUCUACAAGUGUCAGUCCAUGGGGCUGCUCCCAACACACUCCUCUGAUUGGCUGGCUUUCAUAGGACCGCCUCAGAGGAUGGAGAUCAUGGGCGGAGGGAUGGUGUUGUGAGGAUGAAGCAGCGUGCACAGACCAGAUUCAGAUAUUUACAGAGUUUUAUUUACUGUACAUUCUCCACGACAGAUUCAUUCUCCGCAGCGGCAGUUACACACACACACACACACACAUUUUGUUUGCUUUUUUUUUACAGAAACGUUAAAGAUUACUUCAUCCUGCUGCUCUGCUUCAUGUUUCUGAUCUUUGUUGCUCCCCAUUCAUAUUUGAAUAAAGGUUUAAAGUCCA